AUGAUUGAAGUGCGCUACAAAGAGGAAGCGGCCACUAACAGAGCUAUCUCAGAAGGUGUCACGUAUGACAACAAAAAUUACUGUGCCACCAAGGCAGUGCCAGUGGAUGCAGAGAUUAUCAAAGACGCGGAUAUUCCUGCCUCCUGGAAAAACGUCCCACCCAUCUGUCGUUUCUGCACUGAAGAAGGUCAUCGCAAAUUAACCUGUCCCAAGUUAGCCAGUAUUGAAUGCUGCCACUGCCAUGCGACAGGUCACUAUCAGUCCUACUGUCCCACGCGCCGACGCAAGCUACAAGAAGAACGUGUGCAACAACAAACCAAGGCCCAGCUACUAGACUCUUUCUCUCAACCAACCUCUUCGACAUCACAGCAACACCAACAACACCAGCCUGACAGCAACAACUUACAGCAGCAGCAAGCUUCGAAUACACCAGCCACUCGCGAUUCCACUGAUACACAACUUCUCACAUCCUGGGACACCAACUCCCAAGAUGCAUUGAACCAACAGCCGCCCAUCAACACUGAGGACAGCACUAUGGACGAAGCUGUUCCAAAAGCAACCCAUACCGCCGAAACACCCGUAGAUAAAAAACAAAAGACAUCCAAUGCCUUCACCUCGGACCCAUCUACACCAAACUCAGGAAACAACAGCGUCAUCUCAGCUUCCAAAAAUUCAGUGCAAACACCAUCGCGUGAUGCGGACACACCACUGCCAGCCAAUCUUCCACCAUGGGGACAAUUUCUGUUGGAUCGAUGUGUCAAUUGCCUGUACCGGGAUGCGUCAGACGUCUUGGUUCCUCGUCAUGCGGCCACCGCCUUCACUAGAGGCGCCUCUCGCACCACUAUCGACUAUAUCUUUGCUUCACGCCAGCUGCAACCUCGAAUUAUGCGCAGUCAUCAACAGAUGGUGUCGCAUCAAUGGACAGAUCAUGAUCUUCUGUCAGUUGACCUUCGCUUGGAUUGCAUGCCGCUUAGGCCAGGGACGUGGCGCUUCAACCCACUUCUGCUCGAGCAAGAUGACUACCGAUCACUACUGGAUACCACGAUCGACGCCUUUAUAUCGCAGCUAGACAUGACCUCUCUCUCUGUCGUCCAGCAAUGGGACUGUUUCAAAGAAGUAUUAGCAGAAUCGGCAAAGCAAUUUGGUCGUAAACAUAAUUACCGCACUAAACGGCGUCUUCAAGAGCUCCAACAUAAUCGUCGACUGUUGCUCCACCAACAUCGCCGCGCUCCCACAAUGCUUCACACCGUACUCCCACCCAUCGAGCAGGAGAUAGCCCGCCUUCAGGAACAGAAAACCAAGCAACUCCUCUUACGCACUGCUACUCGUUGGCACGAAAAGGCGCUAUUCUCACGAGAGCCUGUCAACCAAUCCGCCAAUGAUCAAUUGCUACAUCACAUUCCCUCAAAUAUUGCUCUUGCUGAUGCUCAACGCAACCGGCUUACCACACCUUUUAGCCACGACGAGCUGCUUCUCACACUCAAGCACUCCCCACUCGGCAAAAGCCUAGAUCUAGACGGCAUCCCCUUUGAAGUAUAUCGCUUUUGCCAAGAGAAACCCGAGGUCAUGUCGCUGUUGCUCUCGGUUAUGAACUCAGCCCUUCAGGAAGGACAGUUCCCCUAG